AUGCUAGACCAGCAGCAACAACUGAUCAAAGAUCAUCCGAUCGGCAAGGAUCUCGAUGGCUUCCACAAUAUGUUCAACUCGAUCUGCGACAAGGCAGGCAUCUCCUGUACUUUGGAUGCGCUGGAGGAUCUGAGCCAAGAAGAUAUGCAAGGUCUUUCAUCAGUUCUUCUUACUAUGCUCUCGAUGCUGCCCGCUGCUCGUCUUUUAUCUUCCAAGUCAGGCUACCUUCGAACCGAUUUAAUCCGACUGAACUCGACAACCAAUUCCAGUGCUUUCGAUUUCGAUAGCGUCAAGCCCCUGCUCCGCUCCGUCCUCGAGCACGACGCCGAUGAGCUCAUCUGGGAUCACAUCUGCCGCCUGACCACCGAUGUCUUGUCGCCGCAGCGUACCCCGCCGCCGCAGCCGAUCGCAACCUUCCUCGAGCAGACCCCGUGGGUAUACACUACGAGCGGCAUCAUGAGCUCGUUCGAGAAGCGCGAAGAGGUAGACAGGAUCCUUAAGCAGGAACUUGGUCCUCUCUACGUCGAUAUUCCUUCCUUCCACGAGACAUACUUCGGACAGGUAGCUGGCAUAGAAGCAGCGUCCAGGGCUGUCUUCGAGAAGUGCGUCAAGGGCAGCAACCCGCUCUUUGGCCCCCAAGGGUGGCGCGACUGGCCAGCAGCCACAUCAGAGAAGAAUGUGGUGGACUGGUUCCACGACCUGUUUCCCCAGCUGGAAGCAUUUGCACAAGAGUGGGGUGUCGCGCCGGCAUCUACGCCAGCAUCUACACCGAUACCUGUGCAGAUACCUCAACGAAAGCUGCUGAUACAACCCAGCACGCCGCUCCCAGACUCUGUAGGGAAGCGCAGCAUGGACAUCGGCUUUGUGAAGGACGAUCCCAUUACAGCAGCAGCAAGCGGUUCCGGAUAUCGAUGGUCGCACGUCCUUGUGCCUGGCGAGCUGAAGAUCGAUGCGUCUGACGAUAUACCCUCGGUUGCAUGGAUAAGCAUCGCAAGAUAUGCGAGGGAGGUGCUCUCAGCCUCCAACACCCGUCGCUUCGUCCUGGCCUUUACCCUCUGUGGAUCGCUCAUGAGGCUAUGGGAGUUUGACCGGCUCGGGGGGAUCGCUUCCGAACAGUUCGAUAUCAAUAAAGACGGGCUGCGAUUUGUAUUCACGAUGCUCGGGUUUCUGUGGAUGGAUGAAGAGGAGCUCGGCUUCGAUCCAACAUUCAAAAGAACCCCCAGCGGCCAGCAGUUUAUCGAGAUCAACCGGAAUGGCGCGAAUGAGCAUCUUAUGAUCGAUGGAGCAAUAAUACACCCGCACUGCAUCGCUGGCCGAGCAACGACCUGCUGGAAGGCUCAUUCUGAAGAGGAUCCUCGGACAAUACUUGUUAUCAAAGAUUCGUGGCAGUUCCCAGAGCGGGACGUAGAAGGCGACCUGCUCCGCAAGGCGACUGAGAAGAAGGUCAUCAAUAUGGCCCGGUACUAUCAUCACGAGAUUGUCCAGGUAGGCGGUGCCGAUGACACUAUCCUGAGCAAUGUGCGCAAGGGGCUGGAUAUCACCAAAGCUUCCAACUACAAGCCGGACUGGACAGACUUUACGCUGCGCGCGAAAUCAGGAAGUAUCCAAGCUGGCACACCUGUGACACCUCUGCCAUCAACCAAACGGCCAUCCAGCCGUACCGAUGCACCUCUGCCACCCAGCAAACGAUCCCGCCUUUCGCAAAACCCCAACGAGGCCAGCACCACCACCCUGCCGGACCGGGAACACAGGCGUAUCAUUGUUCGUGAUUAUGGACUGCCGAUCUACAAAGCAAGCUCUCCAGCGCGUCUGCUCACUGCACUAGAGAGCUGUAUCGCGGGACAUGAGUCUCUGUACCGAGCAGGAUUCUUGCAUAGAGAUAUCUCGAUCAACAACCUCAUCAUCAAUGAAGAUCCUGAUAACCCGUCCUGGCAGUCAUACCUGAUCGAUCUGGAUCUUGCUAUUGAGAUACAGCGAGAUGGUAUAUCGGGCGCAAAGAGUAUGACCGGAACCAGGGCUUUCAUAGCGAUAGGAGCACUCAUGGGCGAGCUGCAUUCGUUUAUGCACGACAUCGAGUCCUUCUACUGGGUUCUUUUUUGGAUCUGCAUUCACUACGAGGGGCCGGGCAAGGAGAGAAUUGUUUCCGAGUUUGACAAGUGGAACUUUAUGGAUACGAACACGCUGCUCAAGGUCAAACUUGGUGAGAUUAACAGCAGUGUAUUUGCGCAGACAUCCGCACGGAACUUUACCGAUUAUUAUCGGCCGCUGACCAUAGUUGUAAACAAACUGCGGCAGGUGAUCUUUCCUGGGGGUGAUCGUUGGAAGCAUGAAGAUGUAGGACUGUAUGCUAGGGUACGAAAAAUCCUUGCAGAAGGCUGUAUAGAUCCUGAUGUUACUGCUUUGCAAGAUAGGUAG